CGGUUACUCUUUUUUUGCGGCUAGGGUUUUUCCUUUUCCUCUAUCCAAUUCUCUUGCUUUUCUACAGAUCCCUUGUUCUUACGUUUCUUUGAUUCAUGGCGCGCUCUUAUUAAGAUAGGGUCUUCUGGUCGCCUUUGUUCGAGUGGAAUUCCCUGUUUUUGAGACUUUUUUUUGUUUUUUUGUUUUGGGGUAUUUGGUUUCGAUUUAGUUUGGAAAUGGCGACCGUUAAUCCAUUUGAUUUGUUGGGAGACGAUGACGCCGAGGACCCGUCGCAGCUAAUUGCGGCUAAGAAGGUGGUGGCGGCGCCGCCGCCUAAGAAAGGUCCUGCACAGACCAAACCGGCGGCUUUGGGUGCUCAGCAGAACAAGGCUGCUAGUCUUCCUUCAAAGCCUCUACCUCCUGCACAGGCUGUAAGAGAAGCAAGGAAUGAAAGCAGUCGUGGAGGUCGUGGCAGUGGACGAGGUGGAGGACGUGGUUAUGGGCGAGGCCGUGAAGGCGCUGGCUUCAAUCGUGGCUCUUUCAAUAAUGAGAGCAGCAGUGCAGCUGAAGAUGGAGAGACGGGAAAGACAACUGAAAGGCGUGGAUAUGCUGGGCCUCGUGGCCGUGGUGGCCGUCGUGGUGGUUUCAAUAAUGGAGAGGCUACUGAUGGGGAACGCCCUCGUAGAGUAUUCGAGCGCCACAGUGGAACUGGCCAUGGAAAUGAAUUUAAACGUGAAGGAUCUGGUCGUGGUAAUUGGGGAAGGCCAACUGAAGAAUUUGCUGAGGCUGCUGAGGAAGCUGUUAAUGAAACGGAAAAGAACAUGGGUGAUGAGAAGCCUCUUCAAGAGGAUGAUACCGGAGGUGUCAACCCAGAGAACUCUGCUAAAGAACCAGAGGAAACAGAACCAGAAGACAAGGAAAUGACUCUGGAGGAGUAUGAAAAGUUGCUUGAGGAGAAAAGGAAGGCUCUUCUGACACUAAAAACUGAGGAAAGGAAGGUAGAUCCUAAAGAAUUUGCAUCCAUGCAACAACUUUCAUGCAAGAAGGAGAACAACGACAUAUUUAUUAAAUUGGGAUCUGAGAAGGAUAAGCGAAAAGAAAUUGCCGAGAAAGAGGAGAGAACAAAGAAGUCUUUGAGCAUUAAUGAGUUCUUGAAGCCUGCGGAAGGGGAGCGACACUAUGCCCCUGGUGGCCGGGGAAGGGGCCGUGGCCGAGGUUCAAGGGGAGGAGGAGGAGGAGGAUACAGUGGCAACUCGACAAUCAAUGUUGCAACCCCAUCCAUCGAGGACCCUGGGCAGUUCCCAACCUUAGGGGCUAAGUGAAACUGUGUUUUUGAUCUGGGGCAGGAAAUUGACUUAAAUAAUCUAGUCUCUCCUGUAUCAAAAUGAUCUUUUUAAGUUCUAUUUGUUUAGCUGUAAAUUGUGGAAGUCUUGUAUUUUUGUUUUCAACAGACUGUUUGUCAGAUCAAAUUAUUUAUUUGACAACUUUUUUUUUUUCCUGCCCUCACAGCAUGCGCUUCUUCCCACAUGUGUUGGACUGAACAAAGGGCAGUUGUUUUUCAUUUGUUGCUCUUCAUUUCAUGCUUCUGGGAAUUCGAUUUUCUUGCUGUUCGUGGUA